UUCGGAAUUUUAUUGGACAGCCGAAAUCACGUGAGGGUAUUGAGUUCCGGAUUCUCCACACACUCGAUCAUAUGGGUCUUAUUUUACGACACAUGGAGCGUGUGUUCGGUUUAGGCGUUGUGCCAUUGGCAGCUGGGACUGUGGGGCUGCUGAUUUUGCUGAAAAUGAUCCAGAGGUUGAGACACAAGCAGGAUCUACAGGAUAAAGUGGUGGUGAUCACUGGAGCCAGUUCAGGCCUGGGCAAAGAGUGUGCACGGGUUUUCCAUGCGGCAGGGGCCCGACUGAUCCUGUGCGGACGAGAACAGAAGAGACUGCAGGAGGUUGUGGAGGAGCUCAGAAACCAAAGCAGUGGAAAGAUACAGACUUACUCUCCCUGCACUGUCACCUUUGACCUCUCCAACACAUCUCUGGUUUCCAGUGCCGCCGAGGAGAUUUUGAAGUGCCACGGUCAUGUUGAUGUCCUCAUCAACAAUGCAGGCAUUAGUUACCGUGGCAACAUCCUGGACACCCAUGUAUCAGUUCAGCGAGAUGUCAUGGAGACUAACUACUUCGGUCCUGUUGCUCUUACACAAGCCAUUCUGCCUUCGAUGGUAGAUAGACGCAGUGGACAUAUCGUUGUCAUCAGCAGCGUGCAGGGAAAGAUCUCCAUACCGUACAGAUCUGCAUAUUCUGCAUCCAAGCAUGCGACGCAGGCCUACUUUGACUGUUUGAGGGCAGAGGUCGGCAGGUUCGGCCUGCAGGUGUCUGUCAUCAGCCCUGGUUACAUCAGAACAAACCUGUCCAUCAAUGCAGUCACGGGGGACGGCUCGAAAUAUGGAGUAAUGGACAAAACCACAGCGAAGGGCUCGGAUCCAGUGGACGUGGCACGUGCUGUUCUGAAAGCUGUCUGUCACCAACAGAAAGACGUGGUUUUGGCUGGGCUGCUACCCACUGCAGCCAUUUAUCUGCGUGCACUGUGGCCCGCUCUCUACUUCAGACUGAUGGGUUCACGGGCCAUAAAAGAACAGAGGGUGAAGGAGGAAUAAGAGAAAACAGUAUUCAGGGAAACCUUUGCAUCUUUCCUCUGAAGAUUUCAUAGCUAAAAAGUCUCAUUUUUAAGUCUAAAAGUAAAUACUCAUGGAAUGUAUUUAAUAAAUAUUUAAAAAUGGAUUCAGUUGCUCGAAUCAUCUCUGAUCUUUGAAAAACACAACAGCAAGUUGACCAGUCCUUAGAUAAGCAGAACAAACAUUUAUCAUACAAGAACCAGAUUACGUCUAUUUAUAUUUCUGCUGGUCUUAAACAGUCUUAAUUUGCCCUUCCACAAAUUAAGGACUUGAAAGGUCUUAAAUUGGAGCACAAAGUCUUACAUUCAUAAAGUUAUGGC